AUGUUUCCAUCAACCACUGUAUAUUCAGAACCAUCUUCACAGUCAUCUGCACAACUAAGCACUUCCAUGGUGAAUAUAUGUCACCAGUCAAUACUCAACACCAUCAAAUUAGAAAACGAAGCAGUGGCCCAUUUACAACAUCAAUAUGAAACUGACUCAUUUUCAAUCGAUAAUUUGUUAAACUCUAUAACCACCCUAUAUCAAACCCAUUGUAAAGGGGGCAAAAUUGUGAUUACAGGAAUAGGUAAAUCACAUAAAUUAGCAUCAAAAUUAGUAGCCACAUUCAACUCGCUCAGUAUACAGAGUAGCUGCUUGCAUCCACUGGAAGCAUUGCAUGGUGACUUGGGGGUUGUUGAUUUUACCAAAGAUUGUUUAAUAAUGUUAACGGCAUCGGGCAACACUCCCGAGUUGAUCAAUUUACUACCUCAUUUAUCAAUGAAUUUGCCCAUUAUUUUACUCACAUGUAACAAGUUUUCCAAUUUAUCCACCAGUAAUCGGAUAUCGAGUUUGUUACUUGCUGAAUUACCCAACUCGCACAACGAGGAGAGCAUUCAUGGAUUGCCAGCGCCAACGGUAUCAACUACCUUGUCGUUGAUAUUGGCUGACUCGGCAAUAUUGGCACUUUCAGAAAUUAUUGAACAGGAUUUAAUCAAAAGAAAGAAACUAUUUGGACUAAAACACCCAGGAGGGUCGAUUGGGGCUUAUUUGAAUUCCGAUACGGGCUCAUCGUUAACAUCUGACGGCAGCACAACUUCAUUGUUGAGUUUGAAAAAUGAGCAACCGGGUGUCAAGUCAUCAUCUACAUCGAAUACAAAGUCCAACCAUACCUUGGAUACGACAGUUUCGCCAACCACAAUACCAAAGACUUCGUCAAUUAGUUCAGAUUGUCAAGGAUUGGAGAUUUAUGCUUCCUCCCAUCUUGAAAAAAACAACUCUACUACCGCUGCCACGACCAAUGUGAGACUAGUUUCCCAUGACGAGAUUAUACAAAUCGAUGAAAUCACAGUAUUGAAAUGGAUUUCACUAUUUGAUUGUCUACAAAUCAAACAAACGGAUUUAAAAACGGAAAUAAUGCAUGUGAGACAAUUAUACCGACAAUGCUGUUGUGGCAAUGGGAGAGAUGAGGACCUGAAUUGGAGUAAAUUCAAAUGGGAAUUACUUCGAUCUUUCAAAUAA